ACCUCCACUUUCUCUCAUUUUCUUGCUCUUUCUUUCGUGUCUUCUUUUCAUUCAUUGACCAAACUUCAUUGUCAUCAUCCAUAACCAGAAUGUCUUCAUUCGGAUACCAAGCCAUUUUUUAGAAUCCAUGCAAGCUUCCCCUGCAAACACAAAUUCAACUGUUGUACAUUCAUGAUGUUGUUGGUCUCAACACUCGGUUCUCUUGCUCUUAGACAUUUUGGCACUAGUCUUGUGACAUAUUUAGUGAAGCCGGUUUUCUUGCAUGGCUUCUCUGGUUUCCUUCAUCUACUGUUAUUGGUGGUGCUUUUAGUGUCACUGGUGUGGAGGAAAGUCGCAGUUGGAACCAGAGAAAGUUCCACAAUGAACAUUACGUUUCCAAAGGCUCCACUUUGUUCCCUUCUUGUUUCGGCUAUCAAUUUUCUACUCUUUUUGUUUGAUUACUUUUGUUGGUAUAAAAAUGGUUGGUCAGAAGAAAAGCUUGCGACCCUUUUGGAUUUUCUGUUCAAAACAGUUGCUUGGGGUGUUGCUGGUGUUUGUUUGCACAUGGAACUCUUCAUUUCAAGGGAAAGAAGAUUACCAUUCUUCUUCAGAGCUUGGUGCGUCCUUUACCUCGUUGUUUCCGGGUAUUUCUUUAUAGUGAACUUUGCUCUCUAUAAAGAAAAGCAUUCUGCUUUGCCCCUUCAGAGCUUAGUUUCUGAUGCGUUCUCUGUUUGUGUGUGUUUGUUCUUCUUUUACUUGGAGUUGUUUGUAAAAAGUGAGGGUGGUGUAGGAGAUAGUACUUUACAAGAAUCUCUUUUGGAUACUGACUCAAGAGAUGAUGUGUUUGAGACAAAAGAGACCAAGGGGAGUGACACUGUUACACCUUACUCUAAUGCUGGAAUAUUUAGCCUUCUUACCUUCUCUUGGAUUGGUCCUCUAAUUACUGUUGGAAGGAAGAAGCCUUUGGACCUUGAGGAUGUCCCCCAACUUGACAAAAGAGACAGUUUAAUUGGAGCUUUUCCAACUUUUAGCGAUAGGCUUGAGGCACAAUGUGGAGCUAUUACCUCAGUGGACACACUUAUGUUAGUGAAGUCAUUGGUAUUCUCAAGCUGGAAAGAAAUCAUUUACACAGCCAUCCUUGCAUUGCUAAACACAUUGGCUUCUUUUGUUGGUCCCUAUCUUAUUGAUGGUUUUGUUCAAUUCCUUAACGGACAACGGAAAUUUGAGCAUGAGGGCCUUAUAUUGGUGACUGCAUUUUUUGUGGCAAAGCUUUUGGAGUGCCUCACAAGGAGGCACUGGUUAUUUAGGUUGCAACAGGUUGGAAUACGAAUGCGAGCACUGCUUGUGACAAUGAUAUAUAAUAAAAUUUUGAAUCUUUCAUGUCAAUCCAAGCACGGCCACACUACUGGGGAAAUAAUCAACUUCAUGACCGUUGAUGCAGAAAAAGUUGGUGAGUUCAGUUGGCAUCUACAUGAUCUGUGGUUAGUAGUUCUACAGGUUAUAGUAGCCUUGUUGAUUUUGUAUAGAAAUCUUGGGCUUGCUUCAAUUUCUGGCCUUGUUGCAAUUCUCAUAGUAAUGUGGGCAAACAUUCCCUUGGGUUCAAUCCAAGAGAAGUUUCAUAACAAGUUGAUGGAGUCAAAAGAUGCACGAAUGAAAACAACUUCUGAGAUUUUGAGAAACAUGCGGAUUCUCAAACUACAAGGAUGGGAAAUGAAGUUUUUGUCAAACAUAACCCAACUCAGAAAGAUUGAGCAGGACUGGUUAAAAAAAGUUAUAUACUCGUUAGUCAUGAUCAUAUUUGUGUUUUGGUGUGCCCCAGCAUUUGUGUCAGUGGUUACUUUUGGUACUUGUAUACUUGUAGGAAUCCCCCUUGAGUCAGGGAAGAUACUGUCUACACUUGCCACAUUCCAGAUUCUCCAAGAACCCAUUUAUAAUCUUCCAGAGACAAUAUCAAUGAUGGCACAGACUAAGGUUUCUCUUGACAGGAUUGCAUCUUUCCUUCGUCUGGAUGAGAUUCUAUUUGAUGUUGUGGAGAAGCUUCCACAAGGUAGUUCUAAUGUAGCUGUUGAAGUAGUUGAUGGGAAUUUCUCUUGGGACUCAUUUUCCCCUGGUAUAACAUUGCAAAACAUAAAUUUCAGAGUUUUUCAUGGCAUGAAGGUUGCAGUUUGUGGUAGUGUUGGAUCAGGCAAGUCUACUUUUCUUUCUUGUAUAUUAGGAGAAGUACCCAAGAAAUCAGGGAUUUUGAAGGUGUGUGGAACAAAGGCCUAUGUAGCUCAGUCACCGUGGAUACAAAGUAGCACGAUAGAGGAUAAUAUAUUGUUUGGUAAGGACAUGGAAAGGCAAAGGUAUGAGAAGGUUCUUGAAGCUUGUUGCCUAAAGAAGGAUCUAGAUGUUUUGCCAUUUGGAGAUCAGACUAUAAUAGGGGAGAGGGGGAUAAAUUUGAGUGGUGGACAGAAACAGAGAAUACAAAUUGCUCGUGCUCUGUAUCAUGAUGCUGAUAUAUAUCUAUUGGAUGAUGUGUUUAGUGCUGUGGAUGCUCACACAGGAUCUCAUCUUUUUCAGGAAUGCUUACUCAACUAUUUAAGUUCAAAGACAGUGGUUUAUGUCACUCAUCAAGUAGAGUUCUUACCUGCCGCUGACCUUAUUUUGGUCAUGAAAGAUGGAAAGAUUAUUCAAAGUGGAAAAUACGAUUAUCUGCUCAAGUCAGGCACUGAUUUUAUGGAACUUGUUGGUGCUCAUAAAGAAGCUUUGUCUGCACUUGAUUCAAUAGAUGGAGGGAAAGCGUCUGCUAUAACAAGUACAUCAAAAGAGGAUGUAAGUUUCGUUGUUUCUCAAGGUAUUGAAGAAAAGGAAGUAAGGAAAAAUGAGAAAAAUGGUGGAAAAGAUAACAAACAUGACCCAAAAGGCCAACUUAUCCAAGAAGAAGAAAGAGAGAAAGGUAAAGUAGGGUUUGCAGUUUAUUGGAAAUAUAUAACAACAACAUAUGGAGGAGCACUUGUACCACUCAUAUUGUGUGCUGAAAUUUUGUUUCAACUUCUUCAAAUUGGAAGCAACUAUUGGAUGGCUUGGGCAACUCCUAUCACAUCUGAUGCUGAGCCAACUGUUGGAGGAAGUGCCCUUAUAUUUGUAUAUGUAGCUUUGGCCAUAGGAAGUUCUAUCUGUGUCCUUGCUAGAGCAACACUUGUUGCCACAACUGGUUAUAAGACAGCUACUUCACUCUUCAACAACAUGCAUCUCAGCAUUUUCCGUGCUCCAAUGUCAUUUUUCGAUGCCACUCCAAGUGGGAGAAUCCUUAAUAGGGCUUCUACUGAUCAAAGGGCAGUGGAUAUAGACAUUCCUUUUCAAACUGGAUCGUUUGCUGCCUCUAUAGUCCAUCUUCUCGGAAUUGUAGCAGUAAUGUCUCAAGUUGCAUGGCAGGUUUUCAUUGUCUUUAUUCCCAUCACAGCAAUCAACAUUUGGUAUCAGCAAUAUUAUCUACCAGCAGCCCGGGAACUAUCACGUUUAGUUGGGGUAUGCAACGCUCCUGUCAUUCAGCACUUUGCUGAAACAAUAUCAGGUGCAUCAACCAUCAGGAGCUUUGAUCAGGUGCCAAGAUUUCAGCAAACAAAUAUGAAACUGAUGGAUGGAUAUUCUCGCCCCAAGUUCAACAAUGCUGCUACUAUGGAAUGGUUGUGCUUCCGAUUAGAUAUCUUGUCUUCCAUCACAUUUGCCUUUUGCUUGAUAUUCUUGAUAUCUAUUCCACAUGGGUUCAUAGAUUCAGGUAUUGCUGGUUUAGCUGUAACCUAUGGCCUUAAUCUGAACAUUAUACAAUCAUGGAUGAUAUGGGAACUUUGCAGCUUGGAGAACAAAAUUAUAUCAGUGGAAAGAAUUCUUCAGUUUUCUUCAAUUCCUAGUGAGCCUCCUCUUGUUGUAGAGGAAAACCGGCCACAUGAUUCUUGGCCAUCAUGUGGCAGGAUUGAUAUUCACAACCUGCAGGUACGUUACGCUCCACAUAUGCCAUUUGUGUUGCAUGGCUUUACAUGCACAUUCCAUGGAGGACUUAAAACUGGAAUUGUUGGGAGAACAGGAAGUGGCAAAUCAACUCUCAUACAAACACUAUUCCGAAUUGUUGAGCCUACUGUUGGGAGAAUUAUGAUUGAUGGCAUCAACAUCUCAUCCAUUGGACUUCAUGAUUUGAGGUCUAGACUGAGCAUUAUCCCUCAGGAUCCAACCAUGUUUGAAGGUACUGUGAGAAGUAAUAUGGACCCACUUGAAGAGUACACAGAUGAACAAAUUUGGGAGGCCCUUGAUAAGUGCCAACUUGGAGAUGAAGUCAGAAGGAAAGAAGGAAAACUAGACUAUGCAGUUUGUGAGGAUGGAGAAAAUUGGAGUAUGGGUCAGAGGCAAUUGGUAUGUCUUGGUAGAGUACUGCUUAAGAAGAGUAAGGUCUUGGUGCUAGAUGAAGCUACUGCAUCAGUUGACACAGCUACAGAUAAUUUGAUUCAGCAAACUCUUAGGCAAUACUUUUCUGAUUUCACAGUCAUUACAAUUGCCCAUAGAAUAACUUCUGUCAUUGAUAGUGAUAUGAUUCUACUACUUAAUCAAGGACUAAUUGAGGAGUAUGAUUCUCCAGCAAGGUUGCUAGAGGACAAGUUUUCAUCUUUUGCUCAACUUGUAGCAGAGUACACCACAAGGUCCAAUUCCAGUUUUGACCAACUAAAAUAAGAGUUUUUCCCUUUUUCAUCUUUGUUUAAUGAAAUCAAGUUUGGGAAAUUACAAGGAUAAUCAGUGUUUAAUGAUGUUUGCUUAUGAUGUUCACCUUAGUUGUCUUAGCAUUGAGUGGAACUUUUAUAUAGUAAUGCAUACCUCCCCUCUCACAAAUAAUAAAUCCCCCAAAGUGAACACAUAAGUAAC